AUGGGCUGCAUUUACUCAAGGGGAGCCAAAGAUGUCAAAAUUAAGGACAAACUCCGGAAGAAGAUCAAAUGUAAAGAUAAGGCAUCAUCAAUGCAAUUGGUUGUUCCUUUACCCUCACAAGACGACGAUAAUUUCAACGGAGACGAAAAGCUCGGCAACGGUGGCCAACUAGAUGCACCUGAAUGGCCAUCAUGGCUAGCUUCGGUUGCCGGAGAGGCUGUUAAGGGAUGGAAGCCUCGGCGGUUCGAAUCUUUCGAGAAGUUAGAGAAGAUUGGUGAAGGAGCUUAUAGCAGUGUAUAUAAGGCUCAAGAUCUUGAAACCGGUAAAAUAGUUGCCAUGAAGAAGGUUCGGUUCGUUAAUAUGGAUCCAGAGAGUGUUCGUUUCAUGGCCAGGGAAAUCAUUAUUUUACGGAAGCUUGAUCAUCCGAACGUUAUGAAGCUCGAAGGGAUUGUAGCUUCGAAGACGUCGCAGAACCUGUAUCUUGUUUUCGAGUACAUGGAGCAUGACCUUGCAGGGCUUGCAGCAACUCCUGGCAUCAACUUUACUGAACCACAGAUUAAAUGUUACAUUCAACAACUGUUCCGGGGCCUCGAACACUGCCAUAGCCAUGGCGUCCUGCACAGAGAUAUCAAGGGCUCGAAUCUUCUGAUCGACAACAAUGGAGUUCUUAAGAUUGCAGAUUUCGGUUUGGCUACAAUCGUUCAGGCCAAUUCGAAACAGCAGUUAACAAGCCGUGUCGUAACUCUUUGGUACAGGGCACCCGAGCUUUUGCUCGGUGCCACCGACUACGGAGUUGGUGUAGAUUUGUGGAGCGUCGGAUGCAUAGUUGCCGAGUUAUAUGCUGGGAAGCCUAUCAUGCCUGGAAGAACAGAGGUGGAACAAAUGCACAAGAUAUUUAAGCUGUGUGGUUCACCCUCAGAGGAGUACUGGCGGAAAACAAAGCUUCCACAUGCAACAAGUUUCAAGCCUCAGAAACCUUCCAAAAGCCGGAUCGCGGCGACUUUCAAAAACUUCGCUCCUUCUGCCUUGUCUCUUGUCGAAAAACUCCUUUCGAUGGAACCGAAAAACCGAGGGACCGUUGCUUCAGUACUUAAAUCACAGUUCUUUAAGAAAGAGCCUGUGCCUUGUGAUCCAUCAAGCUUGCCAAAGUAUCCUCCCAGCAAAGAACUAGAUAUCAAACAUCGUGAUCAUGAAGCAAGAAGGAAAAGAGCAGAGACCAUAAAAGGGCCUGGACCUGCAUCUGUUAGAAGAGUCGAACGGUGA